AUGUCUAGCCAGCCCUUCUCCUUCCCUCCUCCGCCACCACCUCCUCCCAAGCGAACAACAGACAGGGCAUUCCCCCAGAAUCAAGGCUAUCAAAAUGGCAGAGGCUCAUUUAGGGGUGGGCAUGCCUCUAGAGCCACUACUAGAGGCGGUCGUGGUGGCCACGCCAACCAUCGCGCGGGAGGACAUGGCAAUUUUAUGAAUCACGGCCAGAACUGGUCGAAUCCCAGUAGACCGUUGCACAACGGUUCAUCGCGAGGCGGUCAGUUCCAUGGACAGCAGAAGAGAGACUAUAACACUGCAUUCGCACCGACGCAACAGCAGCAGCAACACCGUCCACGCCCUACAGCUCCGCCCGCGGUCCCUAACUUCAACGCCCCAAUUCAACAUCUUCUGGCUCGCCAGCCAUCCAUUGAACAGCCGAAUCAGACGCCGCCGGACCCGCAGCGGCCUGAGCAGAAGAAGCAGAAUCUCCUUGGCCUCACGCCAGCAAAGUUCGAGCAAGAUUCGGACCCAGAAGACGAUGAGGACGAGGAGCGGCGACUCGCCGACCAAACAACCCCAGCCUCGACGGGAUAUGUAUUCGAAUACAAUGGCAGCCCGCUCCUGCUACGGAGCCGCGAAGAGAUUUUGGCUUGGAUAGCAGAGAGAAAGCGACGAUACCCCACAGAAGCAAAGCGAGAAGCGGCGAGGAAAGAGGCUGAUCUCAAGAAAAGGAAGCGGGAGGAGGAAUAUCAAGCCAGACUAGAAGCCAGGAAGGAGGCUCAAUUGAAGAGAGAGCAGGAAAGGGCAGAGCGACAGAGGGCGAAAGAGCAGGAAAGGACGGAGCGUCAGAAGGCGAAAGAUUCAGACAACAAACGACGCAUCAAAGACGAAGCUUCAUUAGAUGAGGCCAGUCGGGCAAGGCUCAAAGCCGAGAAACUGAGGAAACGGGCACUGAAAGCGCAACGAGACCUCGAAAAGGCCGAGGAGGCGUUGCGGCUCGUCCAGUCUCAGAAGGACGAAGAGGCUCUACCAGUGCCGAUCGACGAUAUUCCAAGUCAAGGCCCGUCGUUGAACCCGCUCGAUGCCCCAACGACUCCAGUCGCUAUACGCGGUGAAGACGAGACAUCCUCUUCUGGUUCAUCCACCAUAGACUCUGACUCCGACUCCGAUUCUGACUCAGAUGAUACCUCUCCAGACUCAGAUUCAGACUCCGACGCAGACUCCGCUCCAGAAGUGACGAGCACGAAACAGCCACAUCGCACCCGUGACUCUCUGGCUCUGACUCCCGUUGCGCAGAGAGCCAAAGCCAAGGCUCCUCGGCUUUGCCAGCAUUUUGUCAAGUACAAAACGUGCAGGUACGCCUCGAACUGUCGGUACUCGCACGAUUUGUCGCAGAAGGGUCGCCGAGCCGCCGGUGGUACACUAGACGUGGCCAAGUCGGAUAGAGGGCUGUCGUCCAACGUUUCUGGGCCUUCGAGAAGGAAGGGAUUGUGGGAGGUGAUGGUUGAGAAAGAACAGGAAGAGGAGAGGAAGCGGGUCCUCGAGGCGAUCAUCACACUGGGGCAAAGAGGCUUGCUUGAAGAUCCGUCACAGGGAGCUGGGCCAGAUCCGAAGCCAGAGCCAGAUGGUUCGAGAUAG